UUUAAUAUAAAAGCCUGAAGUACCUAAAGGUUAUGGUAAGUGCUUUGUGGUUCAUUAUUUUUUCAAGUAAUGUUUUCCUGAAAUCUAACCUCCUCCCCGCUUCCUCUCCAUUUUUGUUUUUCAGUCUCCCCUUUCUCGGUCUCGAUCUCCCCCCGCGUCUCCCGUGUUGUGUCCCCUAGCUUCCCACUUCUGUUCCUACGCGUCCUGCUUUCGGUCCUUCCGGCUCCCACCGCUGUCUACACAGCCCUCUCCUUAGAAGCAGGAUUGCUGCCUCUCUUCUCGCCGGCUUCUCCACGUCCACGCUUUGUGUCUCCGUCUCCUCCUCCUCCCUGCCUCUGAAUGUUCCUUUUCCCUUCAGGCCGCCUCAGCAACUUACAGCAAUUAGUAGUACUAAUUUCCCCUAGAGAAUCCCUUAUAACAGUUUUUAGUAUAAAGUUCAUUUCUACUGUGGAUCCCCUCCUCCGCCCACCAGUGAACUCUUCCACCACUUCGCGCCCACAGUGGGAUCUCCGCGAAGGAACUGUGCCGUUCUACGCCUCACCCCUCCAAGCUAGGCGAACCUCCCGGUGUAGGCUGUACCAUUACAAACAUAUUUAAGGAGUGCCGUCCAUGAGAGUAUUUUAACAUUCGAAAUUCUUCCUCUUUCACCAAAUGCAGUCUUCUAGUAGGGCUCGUAUCACUCAAAUUUCUUCCCCAAACCUGUAAAAGCUCUCUGCAAAACCUCGCACCUAGCUGGUUCGUAAAAACCUCCUCUCCGUCAUCUUGCCCCCUUCCCUGGGGCAGGGGGCGGUGGCACAUCCCAAACUCCUGCUCGGAAGGAACCGAAUUCCUCCGCGUGUACGGAACUGACUAAAUUCUCAAGAUGGCGGCUCCAGUUCCGACAUAGCACCUGGGGGCGGCCAUACUGCCUCCUGAACAAAGCCGCCGAGGAUGCGGAGUGGGCAAAACCUCCCAGUACGGCUCGGCGCAGGCUCGGGAGCCCCGCGCUGUGCUCACCCAGACAGGAAGCGGGAGAGUUCAGCAGUAUGGCUGUGACAGCCGUCCCGGUUAAAGCCGUGAUGGGCGUUUCGAGACCUGAUAACGGAGCCGCAAGACAGAAGGCGGGUAUGUGCGAUCAGUUUUGACAACGCCUGGAAUGCCCCAUGUAAAACAGCCUCCCUGUCUUGGGAGCAUUCAGUUGCUCUGAACCAGUUUAGUCUUGUCUGAAUGACUCCUUCUGGGACUGAGAAAAAUUGACGGGACAUCUGCACUUGUAGAAGAGAGCAGAGAAUGAUGAAGUCCCACGGGUUGGUAUCAUUCAAGGAUGUGGCUGUGGAUUUCACCCAAGAGGAGUGGCAGCAACUGGACCCUGCUCAGAGGACCCUAUAUAGAGAUGUGAUGCUGGAGAACUUCAGCCACGUGAUCUCAUUGGGAUAUCCAGUUUCCAAACCAGAUGUCAUCUCUAAGUUGGAACAAGGAGAAGAUCCAUGGAUCAUCAAGAGAGACGUAUCAAAUUGGAUCUAUACAGAUGAAAAUCAGGCAGAUGGGAGACAAGACAGGAAAAGUAACCUUGACAACCCCAAAUCAUGUAUUUUGGGGUCUGUUUCCUUCCGUAAUAAUAUCCUGAAAGGAGUCACAAAGGAUGGUUCAUUGUACUCCAUUUUAAAAGUCUGUCAAGAUGAUGGCCAGCUACAGAGAUGUCAGGAAAACCAAGACAAGCUUUUCAGGCAAGUAACAGUCAUCAGCAACAAAACAGUGACUGUGGAGUCAGGCCAUAAAUAUAAUGCCUUUGGAAAAAUAUUUCAAGAGUGCAUAGAGCCAGAUACUUUAAGACAAAGGUCCCAUAGCUAUGAUGUAUUUAAAAAGAACUUGAAAUAUAAUGCUGAUCUACGUAGUUGUAAUAACAGUAAUUCAAGAAAAAACCCUGAUGAGAGUUUGGGAUGUGGAAAAUCAUCUAGCUAUGGUGCAUCUGAUUCUAAUCUUGAGAAAAUUCACAAUGGAGUAAUGCCCUGUAAUAACAAUCAGUGUGGGAACAUUUUUAGUAGUAAACAAUCCCUUAUGCAAUAUCAGAAUGUUGAAACUAAGGAGAAAACCUGUGUGUGUGUUACAUGUGGAAAAGCCUUUGCCAAGAAGUCACAGCUUAUUGUACAUCAACGAAUUCACACUGGAAAGAAACCAUAUGAUUGUGGUGCAUGUGGGAAAGCCUUCAGUGAGAAGUUUCAUCUCAUCGUACAUCAGAGAACUCAUACUGGGGAGAAACCUUAUGAAUGUUCUGAAUGUGGAAAAGCCUUCUCUCAGAAAUCUUCCCUCAUUAUACAUCAGAGAGUUCACACUGGGGAAAAGCCAUAUGAAUGUAGUGAGUGUGGGAAAGCCUUCUCCCAGAAAUCACCCCUCAUUAUACAUCAAAGAAUUCACACUGGAGAGAAACCUUAUGAAUGUAGAGAGUGUGGGAAGGCCUUCUCCCAGAAGUCACAGCUGAUCAUACAUCAUAGAGCUCAUACUGGAGAGAAACCAUAUGAAUGUACUGAAUGUGGGAAAGCCUUCUGUGAGAAGUCCCACCUCAUUAUACAUAAAAGAAUUCACACUGGGGAGAAACCCUACAAAUGUGCUCAAUGUGAGGAAGCCUUCAGCAGGAAGACGGAACUCAUUACACAUCAGUUAAUUCAUACUGGGGAGAAACCUUAUGAAUGUACUGAAUGUGGGAAGACCUUCUCCCGGAAGUCACAGCUCAUCAUACAUCAGAGAACACAUACUGGAGAAAAGCCCUAUAAAUGCAGUGAAUGUGGAAAAGCCUUCUGUCAGAAAUCACAUCUCAUUGGACAUCAGAGAAUUCACACAGGAGAAAAACCUUAUAUAUGCAGUGAAUGCGGGAAAGCCUUCUCUCAGAAGUCUCACCUCCCAGGGCAUCAGCGAAUUCAUACGGGAGAAAAACCUUACAUAUGUGCUGAAUGUGGAAAGGCGUUUUCCCAGAAGUCAGACCUUGUUUUACAUCAGAGAAUUCAUACUGGGGAAAGACCCUAUCAAUGUGCUAUCUGUGGGAAAGCCUUCAUCCAGAAAUCACAACUCACUGUACAUCAGAGAAUUCAUACAGUAGUAAAAUCAUAAUGAAGUGAACACAGAAAAGCCUUCAGUAUUAGCUCAAGCCUUAAUAAAUACUAGGAACCUGAUUGAUUUGAUAUUUAUGAGACAUCUUUAUAGAUGUCUGUAGUGUGGUGAUACCCAACUCAGCAAAGAUGAUGGAAAAUAAUCAUAAAUGAAGAACAUUUUCAACAUGGUGUGUAAAACUUUUAAAGUUAUGUAUAUAGAAUGUUGUCAAGUUACAUAUUCUAUAUUAUACCACGUUAAUAAUAACCAGACAUUGUGAAAUAGCUAAUAUUAGCUUGGCAUCAUUUUGGCCAUACAGUAAUUCCCUGUAAAGGACAUGAAGAAAGCUUGAGUUAAAUAAAUAAAUAAAUAAAUAAAUAAAUAAAUAAAUAAAUAAAUUCCUAGAAACUACAUUAUAAGGAGGGGCUUAGCAUGACCCCUAAAGAUUCAUGUAAAAUCCUUGUACAAAGAUGGAAAGAUAGGUGGAUCAGAUGAUGUUUAUACGUUUUCCUGUCUCAAUCAUAUAAGUUGACCUGUCUCUCUGGAAGGAUCCUGGAUCUUGAAAUUGGUGCUACUUGACCAGAUCACCCAUUUAUUCUCCCUCACUGGGAGUUUGGUGUUGUGGAAAUGCUUUGGUACUGAACCAGAUGGUCUUGUGUUCUAAUACUGGCUCAGCUACUCGCAGAUUGUGUAACUUCAAGCAAGCCUGCUUCACCCAUCUGAAUAUUUCCUAUCAGUACAAAAAAAAAAAAGUAUAGUGAAGAGUACAUUUUCAUUUAUUAUUCUUUUUGUCUUUCAUUUCCAUGCAGUUGGAUGCUAAGACUAAUAUGUAAAAGCUACAUCUAAACUUGUAUUUCAGACACUCUGCUUUUGAUAACCCAUUCCCAGGACUGUUCAUUUUACUGUUUUUGACCCUAGUGGCCUUGAUUCUUGGUAUGUUCAAGUGACAUUUUAUUAUGCAUUUGUUGUUUUUUACAUACAUUUAUAAACUGGUGGUUACACAU